AUGCGGUUGAACGGCCAUGCGAUUGCCGCGCAGGAUCUCUACGAUCUUGUGAAUCACAUAGUCCUGCCACCGCAGUUACCUCAGUGCGCAGACAAGAAGCCCGAGGAGAUUAAUCAAAACCUUUGGCGUCUGGUUCAAGAUGUUGUCCCCGCCAUGGUUGCUAAUACCCAUCCGGCCUGGAGGCGCAUUGCUACAAUGCUCGCAAAGCUCGAGAUCAUAACGACCACAACUGGUCUCGAUUCCAACGCGCUCAAGAAACAACUUUCCGCACUUCCUCCUGAUGGUACGUAUUCACCUUCACGCAGAGCCGCUCAAGCUGAUGCAUCACAGAUUGUCUUGCCUCGAGAUGGAAGGAUCAUCUUCGAGACUUUCGAGCUUUCGGCCACCUCCGAAAGUGUUAUGUCAACCACUGGCAGACUCUCAAGAACGUUUCCCGGCCACGCUGUCAGCAUCCCAGCUCAGACAUUCCUUGGUCGCUCAUUUCAACAGGAGUUGUCAGAUUUACUCACCCGGCUGAGUAGCGAAUCUGUCAAGUACUACCAGCCCACGAGUAUCAAAGCUGGCACUAGUAUGCAAGAACUACGCGAUACCACGAGCCCAGCCCUAGUCUCUGACUGUCUCAUGAGCAUGCUCUGUGCGAUUGGACGAAACGAAGAGGUUGCCCUAGUGCAAAAGUUUGUGCGUGAGGACGUCCUAUGGCAGAAGACACUUCUCCCUUGGCGCAGGGCCCCGUUCUGGUUGCUCCUCAGGGUCUCGAUCUUGCGCGUGCUGAUUUGCUCCCACGGAACCACGGAAGCCCUCAAACAGUACAAAUUGUUCAUGAUCCGACUUGUCGCACAACUCCUGGAGCUUGCAAGCCAAUCAAACACAAAACCGGAUGUGCUCUCAGUCAUUCAUGUGAAACUUGCUCGCCGUGUACACAAAUUCGAGCAACUCUUUGGACCCUUCCUGGACCCUAGAAUUGUAGCGAUCUCGAUAAAGGCCCGCAAGGUCAUUAACGACACCUGGAUAUCGAUACAUGGAAAGACAGAGCUUGCGCAAAAGCUGCCGACCUCAGGAUGGGAAGAGGCCACGAACCUUUCUCUCCGAGGCGCACGAGAUAUCCUGUGCAAAGCCCUCAAGCCCGCAGUGACUUUCGCAGCCCCCAAGAACUUCGUGCCACCUGCAGACCUGCGAGUAUCUAGCUCGACUCUACCGUCGUUGCGGUCUGAUACAUCUGAUAAGACACUGGCUACCAUGCUGUUGAAGAUUGAGACUUGGGUUGAGAAGCAUCUCGCAGCUUGGACCAACACAAUCGCAAGCGACCCAAGAGCUCAGCCUUUCGACGAUCUGGCAGUACUCAUCGAAGAGUACUGGUCACUGGCUCAGCCACAGUACAAGUCCAGCCCGCUUGACAUGUCCAACGCGUUAUUGACCAUACUCGAGCUUUGGGUGUCUUUGGACAAGAUCUGCAUCUCACGCAUUCCACUGCUUGCCAGACACUCACCCGAAGUAUCUUCCGAUCUUCUCAAGCCUUUACUCCUGCACAAAAUUGCACAGAUGUGCCGUCUGUCAAAGGUCGAGGAACAUCUCAACAAGCGAUUGAGAAACGCUACCAAAGGCGCGUCGAGCGUUUUCAAGAAGCCGAGUGCCAACAGUCUUCCCAUUUGGUAUUAUGACAUCACACCUGAGCUACAACAGUUGCGCCAUGAGAUUGACCAGUGCGACAUCUCAAAAAAGCAGAGGAAGCUUGAAGAGCUGAGAACAUUGAUGGAAAAAUAUGACAGGCUCGUCUCUGCAGCCGAAAACGAGGAACACUACUACCGUCUCAGUCGUAAGAACAGAGAAUUUCACGACAAGAAAAGCUGCAAAAAAUGUAAGCUCGAAGGUCAAUACGCACGUAUGACCAUUGACAUCGAUGAAAAAUCACUUCCCAACGACGAAGUACAGGCCAAAGCUGCCAUCUUCGAGCUCGCGGUACCUCUCGGAUAUGCUGCUUGGAGGGACACUACUUGGUACAUUGUCCACAAGAUAGGACAGAGAACGUCUCCCCGGGCCGAAGAAGUCUACAAUACCGCCAGAGCUUAUGGGCAGCUUCGCUCCUUUGUGAAGCCCAGAUCUCGUGCACUCCAACUGACGCUGACUUCAAGAAAGAAGACAUUCAUCCAAUCGCACUAUGAGAAGGUGUCGCUACCCACAACCAGCGAGACUAUUUGUCGAUCCAACGGUAUGGACUACGACAUGCUUGAUGUGGUAUCUUCUACUUGGCUGUCUAGUGCACAAAGUCUGCCGAGUUUCAAGUCUCAUUGCACUCUGAGUCUUCCUAAUGGCUCUUAUGCCAAUCUGCAAUGGGCACUAUCUUCAAGCGGUCAUACAUCAAAUCAAGUCAUGGCAUCCCAGAGCGAUUGCUCCAAUGAUCUUGAGAUACGGGAGUACAUCGCUUUCUGCAGUCUUCGUUCCGGCGCGAGACUACAAUGGCUCAAUAUUCUUCGAGAACUUGGCUGCAGCAAUCUCACGCUGAAUGAUCCAGCGGUCGCAAGCUUGAUACAUCAGGCCAUCUGGGAAGUAGGCACUCCCACCCAAAGCGACCAUCGUGUUGCACACGACGAAUUGCGCAACAACACAUUUUGCAACAAACUUCUCGAGAUCAACUGGCAAGAGCAACACAGCAUGAUGACAGUCAUACAACUUCUACUUCGCGUUCUUUCUUUGAGCACAGACGAGGUCACAAAAACAGUGUGCCACAACCUUCUGAGCACGGCAAGGAAAAUUACACUCGAUUGGUGUCGAGAAAUUCAGGUGCACAUGAACAACAACACUACGCGAGAAGAUGUGCAAGGAAGAGCGAUCGUUCAGCUGCUCAAUGCGGGGCUAUCCUGCUACAGCACAUUCGACGUUGACGAGCAACAUCUUCCUCACAUCCUAGGAUCAGCCGGAAAUAUUGCUGCCCUAGCGGAAGCCCAGAUCAUCGUGUGUGAUAACACUCCAGUUGACCGCAGUACUGUUUCUCCUUUGCUCAAGCAGAGCCUGUUACAUCAUAUCGUUAUCGCCCACAAACUCGAAUCCCACGUUCGCGAUCUCUCACGCACAGAUGGCUCGGGACUGAAUCAGGCUGUGCAGCGUAUUUGGAAUGGUGCCGUACUGCAGCAGAUUUGGGACGUCGCGACUGAGGAUGCUCACUCAUGGUUGACCAAUAAUACAAUCACAGAGCGUGGUAGAGGCCAGAAGGUUCAUUUCAAUCUGCUCGGAGGUGAUCUGCUCGUCGAUGGCAAGCCAGUGGGUAAGAUUUCCAGCAAUCUCAGAUCUCAGCCGCUCUUCCAGCAGAUAUUUGGACCCGCAAUCCUCAGCGUCUUCACAUCAAAUAUGCCCGGGAUGGACUGUACAAUCUCGCAACACAUUUAUGAAUAUGAGGUUCACGUUGGUGCGGAAAAUGGACAUACAACUUUUGCCAGGCAGCUGCCUUCACAUUUCGUGCAAUCUUUCACACACUGGCUCGAUGAAGCGACCGGCGAAGUUGAAUUUCGCCCACUCGAAAAGCCUUGGCAGUCUUCAGCAGAAUAUUGGAAGCUGUCGUUUCUCAGCUUGGACAUUGCCAAUACGAAUUCUCAGAUGCGUUGCGGACAAGAGAGAUUGAUUGAGAAUGGAAGCAAGGUCGGUCAAUCAGUGACAGACAUCCUCUCAGCUCUGGACAGCUCGCAGCAUUGCCAGAUUAUCCUGAAUGACUCUCGUACUUCGGAACUGAAAGUUUACCUACGAAGAUACAACUUGCAUUUCCAUUUUUCUGUAGUCGAUCGAAACCAGAAUAUCGGCACCAUGAUAGGUCUCCGCAGCAAACUCGUUCUGCGCGAUGUAUCAUCUGCGCAAGAGCUGCAGGAGCGUCGCAUCAUAAUUCCGUGGGGGGAGGUCACCAUCGCAAAAGAAGACGAACAUGUCGCUGUCAGUGUACCGCAUGGUACCGGAAUCGAGCAGAAGUAUUUCGUCUACAGCAUUGAUCGUCAUCUGCGAAAGCUUCGUGGCCAGCAGGAUGUUCUAGGUACUUUGUACAAGGCAUAUCUCCAUGCAAUCACGUCGUUCGCUCUCCCUGACCCAUUCACCGGGCGUACUGGCACCGAAGAGUCGAUAGCCACACUGAAGGAAGCGUCUCUGUUUUCGUGUGCGCCUUUGCAUAUGGAGGAGCAAGAGACUCUUGCUUUGAUCAAGUGCCUAACUCCCGAGCGCUUGUACUAUCCUAAGCACAAGACAGCUAUGCAAACCGUAUGCUGGCACCCUAGCUUAUCUCCUCUUGCUCAACAUGACGAUUUUUCUCUGGCGGCGUCAGCAAUCUUUGCUCACCAUGCCCAGACAGAACUUAUGUUUGACUUGGAUCAGAGAGCAAAAGUUCCCGUGCCCAGCCCCAGAGCUAGAAGAAGUAACGCAUCUGUCAUGAAGUCGGGCUUGUUCUCUGACAUGGAGCUAUCGUCAGACGAUGACAAGAUUUACUGUUCUCGCGACCACCUUGUCAAUGAUGAUCGGGCAAAACGAGUAUUCGAGAUUGCUUCUCUCAUCAAGGCAUGGCCUCCUCAGAUUGCCACGCACGCUAAACUGACUGAAGUGGUCAAGGUGUGGGGAAUUAUUCGUGGGUACCAUGCUAAGUUUAAUCUGUCAUCCUUGGAAGACUUGAGCUCGCUCGUGUUCAGCGAUCACUUCGGCUCACUGUACCAGAUAUGUCGCCAAGCAUUGCGAAGGACUGACACAUACUCCCUCAUGUUCAAGUUGUGCCCCGUGGCUCUCGGAGCGGAAACAGACGGGCUCGUACACUUGAGAACGUUGCUUGCAUUUGCAUUCUCUGAAUAUUUCGCCGGCAUCCACUCCCCACCUUCCGAGACUCAGUAUACACUUGGACAAGGCUCGGCGCCAGACGUGCAGACCAUAACCUGGGUGAUCAGUAAGUAUGCAACAAACUACGAGUUGCCCAACUACCCAACAAAGACCGACAUAGAGGAGUUUGAAACAAAGGAAUCCGAGCAGGAAUUACAAGAGGAUGCUCUGGCUAAGAAAGUCUUCAACAUCUGGCCCGGUGCCUCGGUGUCUGUCGUACAGCAGGACUAUCAAUAUUUCAACACGACUGGAAUUGUUCAUGAGUGCCAGGGACUGUUCGACGAAUGGCAUAAGAAUAGACGUUUUCUGAAACACAUUCAGAAAGUGGAGGCGAGGCUGGCUUCUAUGCAAACAUCCCAGGUUGUGUACAAUGUGCCAGCCUUCCAUAUGUCGAGGUUCAGUCAGGAGCAUGCGAUUCAUACCCAAUUCACUCUGACUGAUCUUCUCCAAGCGCGCUCCGGUCGUUUAUCGAUCAGACCCACCCCUCAACUAGUGUCGACGCCCCCACGCAGUCUUGAGAACGCCUCACAGGUGAAAAGACUUGUCUCGGUCUUGAAUACAGGCUCGAGUUCGACACACAAGGAGUACAGAAGAGAUCUGUCUGCCAGUGUAGAGGCGCUCGAAGGCAGACAAUCCGAUUGUGAGAGUGGAAAGAUUGCUUUAACUCAUGGGCAACUUGACAAUCACAGAGGACUCAUGAUUAUGGAGGUCAAAAUGGCGUUGGAGGCCAUCCGUGAAGCCGCCGAUCUUUGGCCACGACUUUCUGAAUCUUGCCUACUCAGUCAGCUUUCUCGAAACAAUGUGGACCGCCUACCUGCACAUUGGAAAGUCCCGCUUCUUCAAUUAGGCGAGAAGAUGGCAUCUCUACAAAGAUCCGAGCGUAUGGCACUUCUUCAUGGUGCCUCAAACAAGAAGGCCUUGUGGAAUGAGCUAAAAUGUGCGGGACGAGAUGGGUGGACCGCUACCGAGUAUCCCAGCUGGCUGCUCCUUGAAAUUGAAAACAACAUCACCAUUCGACCUCUCCAGGCAAAGGUCGCGAAAGAGAUGAUUGCACCUGGCUCUGGACGUAACUCCGUCCUCCAGUUGAACAUGGGAGAAGGCAAAUCUUCUGUUAUUGUUCCCAUGCUAGCCACUGCUUUAGCAGCUGGUGAGAAACUGGCAAGAGUUGUUGUGCUCAAGCCUCUUCUUCGCCAGACAGAGCAAGUCCUUACUCAACGUUUGGGUGGCUUACUUGGUCACCGUGUUGGUCAUGUACCCUUCUCGCGAAAGACCAAGAUUGACGUAACGACAGUAAGGAUCAUCCAGAAUACCUUCCAGAAAUACGCGCAAGGUUAUGGUGUGCUGGUCGCACUUCCGGAGGAGCUACUCUCCAUGAAACUCAUGACGCGUGAAAAACUGGCAUCCGGUUCCACUCUUGCGGCGGAAAUUUUGGAUAUGUAUCGCUGGCUCAAGGUUACUGCUCGCGACAUACUGGAUGAAAGUGACGAGAUUCUGAGCGUCAAGUCCCAGCUCAUCUAUCCAGUCGGUGACCAGCAAAUGCUUGAUGGUAAGAACGACCGCUGGCAAAUUGUGCAAGCUGUACUGCGAAGAGUCGAGCUUCAUGUCAAGCGGCUUGCAAAUUCUUAUCCGUCUGAACUAGAGUUGGAGUAUAGCGGCAAAGCUUUCCCUCUACUCAAGUUCCUUCGACCGGGAGUCUUCGACAUGCUGAUGGAAUUUCUGAUCGAAGACGCCAUCAGCGGUCGUAUCGCUGGCGUAUCGUUUGACUUUUAUUCUGACGACACAAGAGAAGCAGUUAAGACUUACAUCAGCUCUCGAGAAAUCUCUCCUACUUGUCUCGAAACACUCACCACGAGUGUGCAUGAGGGCCCCCACUGGGACGCCCUGUUCAUCUUACGCGGACUUUUUGCGCAUGAGGUCCUCUCCUUUUCGCUGCAACGCAAGCGAUGGCUGGUCGAAUACGGCCUUGAUUUACGCCGCUGUCUGAUGGCGGUACCAUACCGAGCCAAGGGCGUCCCUUCUGUGAACUCGGAGUUUGGCCAUCCUGAUGUUGGCAUCUUGUUGACUUGUCUCAGUUACUACUACACAGGUCUAACGCUAGAGCAGAUGUACACAUGUUUCGUCAUCCUCUCGAAAGACUCGAAUCCCCAGGACGUGUAUGACAACUGGACGUCCGCCCGUGACUUUCCCUGGAGCUUGAAGUCGUAUGAAGCGGUCAAUCUUGAUGACAAGACGUUGUGCGAAAAUCUGCUCUAUCCCAAACUCCAAUUCAACUUGGACAUCAUUUCCUUCUAUUUGAACCAGAUUGUAUUCCCCAAGGAGGGUAAGGAGUUCUCCAAGAGAAUCUCAGCAUCUGGCUGGGACAUCCCAUCCACAUCUACUGAUCCUGGUCUCGUCACUACUGGGUUCAGCGGGACCAAUGACAGCAGAGCUGUGCUUCCGUUUUCUAUCGAUCAAGAGGACCUUCCAGAGCUUCUUCACACGAAUGCCAUGGUACUAGAUCUGACCCUUCGAGCAGAGAACAGAAGUUAUCUGCAGAGCGUUGACGCGUAUGGUAAGAAGUUGAAUGUCGACGGCCUCCUUGCCAUGAUGACUAGGCAGAAUCCUCGAGUCAAUGUUCUAAUCGACGUAGGAGCUCAAGUGCUCACAGCGACCAACAUCCGACUUGCCCAGCAAUGGCUUGCUCUGGAAGCCGGUGCUCACGCGUCGGUGUUCUUUGACGAACAAGACGAAGCAGUGGUCUUGGAUCGAAGCGGAGCCGUCACUCCAUUACGAAUCUCGCCAUUCUCUGGCAAGCUCGACGCUUGUCUCAUGUAUCUGGACGAAGUUCACACCCGCGGUAUUGAUCUGGCUAUACCCAUCGGUGCAAGAGCCAUGGUAACUCUGGGACCUCGCCUAGUGAAAGACCGUUUGAUGCAAGCUUGUAUGCGACUGCGUAGUCUUGGUAACGGCCACUCACUGUGCUUUGUCGCUCCCCCUGAAGUCCAUCGCAGCAUCGCUGAUGCAUCUGGUGGGAAGGAUGAAUCGCAGCUUACCUCAUUCGAUGUUCUCGCGUGGACCAUGGAACAGACUUGCCAAUCUCUGGAGAUCGCUAGACCUUUAAGAGCUAUGCAUGGUCUAGAAAUGUCACGCCAGCAGAAGGUUUUGGAAAAGUUUCUGCCAGAGACUAGGUCUUCGAACGCGAUCAUGAGCAAAUCAUCUGAGAUGGGGAACUUCUGGGAAUGCAUCCAAGAAGAUGAUGCGCAGACCCUGGAGAAUCUCUACGGCAUCAACGACCAUCGCCUCGAAGUGUUCCAAGGUCUGCUUGAUCGUACCUCGAAGUGCCCCAUGAUGCAGCACCUUAUUUCGGAAAUUGAGACUAUGAGCAAGACUCGUUUGCAGGACUCGAGUAUGGACAACGAGCAAGAGCGCGAGCUUGAGCAUGAGAUCGAGACGGAGCGCCGAGUCCAGCGACCUGCGAAAUUGGAGCCCAUCAUUUCAUCUGUCAGCAAGGGCAUCCUAGACUACAUCGCCUCUGGGACGGCCUUUGCGCUGAGCCAGUGCGAGGCAGUCAAUGCCUUUUCUUGCUUCGAUAAGACCACGGCAAAGAUCAUCUCGGAGAAGCAGAACGUCACGGCUGGUCACUUUAGAGUUCUAGCCACACUCGACUUUAUCCAUUCUGUCCUCUUUACAAAGGGCAGCUUAGGCGACGAUUACCUCCGCCCGACGACUUGGGUAUUGAGCAGUACAGAGACAGAAAAGCUGCUUAUAAUAAGUCCACAUGAGGCCAACGAGCUCCUUCCCGAGAUCAAAGCAUCUGGCAAGAUUCACCUUCACACAUUCGCUGCACGCUUGAACAAGAGAAUGGCGCGUUUCAAUCACAUGGACUUCUACACUCCUAAUGCCAGACCUGAUGAUGUUGCUCCCGCAGCUCAUGCCAUCCGCGACCUUGAGCUUUUCUCGGGCUCAUUGUACGUCGAUAACAUGGCUAAGUACGAACGACUAUGUCACUUCUUGGGUGUCGCGACUGCUUCUACUCGCCCGCAAAAUAAGCCUGUCCAGACCGAUGGCUUUGUGGAUGUCAAAGACAGAAAGGAAGUUGGAUGGCCCGAGGAUUGUCCUUUCAACCGCAGCCCUCUCCCAUUCUUCAAGCACAUCUUGUCGCUUCGAAUGCACGGUCAAGCAUUUGACCACAGUCAUAUGGGAGCUAUGCUUAACGGUAGAGCUUUGCAGGAAGCUGCUUUUGAAGGUUGUCAAGAAAUCGAGGAGAUCUUUGAAGAGAUGGACAUUGAUGAUUAG